UAAAUUUCAAGUUUAUCACAAAAAUGUAAUAGAGGUGAAAAAACUUUAUCUUCAUUUACGUAUAUUUUUGCAUUGCUGGUAUAAGCAGGGAAAAAAAAUGUCAACAGUUUCUCUGACAGUUUGUUUGUUUAUUUGUCUUGUUAUUUGUUAUAUAUGAUGUGUUCGUAAAAGAUUUUUGUAGUCAUUUUUCGUUUUCCUGAUAACCAUGCGCCAUCAAUUACCAAAGACAGUCCACGAAUUAUGUUUAUUUCUGUUUUUACAAUGUUUCUUGUUUGUCUUUUGUAUUCAAAUUUUUAUUUCUGCCGAUGAAACGAGAAAAGAUGUACUGAAACCAACUGUCAUGAUUGCCAUAUUAGCUCGCAACAAAGCACAUACUUUGCCAUAUUUUUUUGGUUAUUUAGAGCGUUUGAACUAUCCUCGGGACCGAAUUUCUCUGUGGAUCCGCAGUGAUCAUAAUGUAGAUAAUACCAUCGAUGUCUUGAAGACGUGGUUGGACGUCCAUCGAGAUAGCUACCAUUCCGUCGACUUCUCAUAUGAGGAAGAACCAGAAACCUUUUCUGAUGGACCUGGAAUCUUCGAGUGGUCACCAUCCCAUUUCGAACACAUUAUCCAUCUAAAAGAAGCUGCCUUGAAAACUGCUCGGAAGCGCUGGGCAGAUUAUAUAAUGUUCCUUGAUUGUGAUGUUUUUCUUGAAAACAAGGACACUUUAGAUCUUCUAAUGAAAGAGGACAAGACGGUCAUUGCACCAGUGCUGGAAACUCUAGGUGCUUAUUCAAACUACUGGUGUGGUAUGACAGAACAGGGAUAUUAUAAGAGAACAGACAACUACUUACCCAUCCUGGAAAGAGAACAAAUCGGUUGUUUCGAUGUACCAAUGAUACAUUCAGCUGUAUUAGUCAACCUUCGCUACAAAGAAUCUCUCAACCUGACUUUUGAUUCAAGAAAGAUUGAGAACUAUUCUGGUCCUAUUGAUGAUAUUAUAAUAUUUGCUCAUUCGGCUAGAAAGUCUGGUGUAAAAAUGUGGGUGUCGAAUGUGGAACCCUUUGGUCACAUGAUGGCCCCGUUGGAGAAGGAAAAUACUCUACAAGAUGACCGGGAGCAACUGCAAAACCUGAAGGUGGAAAUGCUAGUGGAUCAGCCAGAAGUGUACAUUUCCCCACCUCUUAGCCAUUUUGUUCCAAAGGUGUCUGAGGAUAAAUUAGGAUUUGAUCAGGUGUACCUGAUCAAUCUAGAAAGACGCCCAGAGCGAAGGGAAAGGAUGCUAAACACCCUUUCAGAAAUUGGUAUCCGAGCCCACAUCUUGAAGGCUGUGGAUGGAAAGGCCCUGAAUGACACUUACAUUGAACAGAUGGGGAUCAAGAUGCUGCCCGAGUAUGCAGAUCCUUACCAUAAGAGGCCAUUGACUCGGGGGGAGAUUGGAUGCUUUCUCAGUCACUAUUUCGUGUGGAAGGAUAUAAUCGAACACCAGCACCGAACUGCUUUAGUUCUGGAGGAUGAUCUCCGGUUCGAACCCUACUUCAGGAAGAAAAUUCAAGCUCUGGUCAAGGAUGUGCAGAAAAUCGGCCUGCUGUGGGAUCUCAUCUACCUGGGCCGCAAGCGGCUGUCGGAGAGUGGCGAGCCGUUCGUGGCGGGCGUCUCGAGUCUCGUACAUGUGGACUACUCGUAUUGGACGCUCUGCUAUCUCAUCACACUGGAAGGAGCGAAGAAGCUGGUGGCCGCCAAUCCACUCCCAAAACUCGUGCCUGUUGACGAAUUUUUGCCCAUCAUGUUCGACAAGCACCCUGAGGAGGUAUGGAAGGGGUAUUAUCCGAAGAGGAAUUUGCGGGCAUUUUCUGCCCAACCCUUGCUUGUCUACCCCACCCACUACACAGGCGAGGCGAAUUACAUCAGCGAUACAGAAGACUCGGAUUUGGCGCUCUCUGUCGUCAAGGACGAACUCUAGCAAGACCCUCAGUCUGAUUGUUGACCAAAGACGACAGCUAUGUUUUUUGUUUUUAUUCGUGCAUUUCAUUUUUUUUAACAUUUUAUUUCUGUUGUGAAUUUUGGAAAAGAGACGGAAAUCGAAUCAUCUUCUGUGCAUUUGCUCUUAAAGAUUGUGGAAUGAAGAAAAAAACUUUUAUUUAAGAGUAUAAAAAUAUUUGAUGUGAUGCUUUAUCAGAGGAAUUCUUAUAAUUUUAGCUGCUCUAAUGGAAAAUGUUGAUCGACAUUUACAAUAUGAGUCUGAACUCGCCUCUUCGACAAAGCUUUGAUGCAAAGUUGAGAUAGAGGGUGGAAUGGAAGGUAAUUGCGACCAGCUGCUCAUACGAAAAGGACAAUCCCAUUCUAUUUUAGUGCACAGCAAAUUACCACGGGUUUUUGAGGCACAUGAAUUCUGAAACUAGCUGAGGUUAUAGUGCUUACCAAUUUUUGCGGCAGUUAUAAAAAAAGUUCAAAAUAGAGGAAAACUAGAAAUCAGGAGGUACUGAAAAGCUCUCAUAAGGUUUAAUUACUAUAUAUGGAACAUUGGCCCGACUAUUAACUUGCACUCUAGUGUCACAUUAAUGUAUAUUAUUGCCACACAAAUAUGCAAUGAUUCUGACUCUGUCAUGCGCAUUAUGGCCAGAAAAUAUACAUUACGAUUAUUUAUCCUGAAUGAAUAGGUCAAAAGUCUUUUCGUUGUUGUAAUUGCUUUGUUAUUUUUCUGGUGUUUUAGAAACCUAUGAUAAAGAAUCUGAAUCGGACAUUUCUUUAAUUAUAUACUUAAUAAACUAAAUAGACUGGUUAUAAAAAGAAUACCUUUUGUAUUGGAAUUUGAACUUGGUGCUCAAAAUAAUAACCAAAUGAAUCUGGUUAUUUUUAAUUGGCUUAAAUCGACGGAUUUCUGCAUUGCUGUUUGGAAGCAACAUGCAAAAGAAAAUUAGAGCAGCUAGAAUCAUGAAGGAUUUUUCUCAAAGCAUCUGAUCAAUUAUCAAAUUUUAUUUAAUAUAUAUUUUAUUUUAUGUUUCCCAUAAUUUACGACAUUUGAUGGACAAAAAUCACGAAAAGAUGUUUAAGCUUUUCUGUCUUUUCUCGUCUGCUGUUUUAUAUCUUAGCCUUAAGUUUGCUUCUUUUAUUCCAUAAAAUAUUUUAUUUAGAAAGUGUUGAUUUUUACAUUUUUAUGAUUCACUUGUUAAGAUGUACACCACUUUAUUAUUUUAAAUUUUUUUUUACUAGUUAUUGAUGCCAAAUCUUGAAACCUAGUCAAGCUGUAUUCGAGUCAUAGAACAAUGCUUGCUUAUUUUUUCUAUUAUAUAUAUAUAAAUCGUCAUUUGUGUUGACUAAUGUUAUACAUUCAACCCUUGAUUUAUAAGUUGAACUUUGGUUUAAUAUGUUUAACAUAUUUGGGUGAACUUUAGUUUACUCAACACUUGGUUCUACUGGGGGGGGGGUGAUUACAGACAUAAGUAUGAGAAGCUUCCGAUAUAAUAGUGAUCAUCAGGUACAGAAAUGGUGUGGGGAAAGCUGACCCCCCCCUAUUGAUGAUGGGAGGGGUUAUAUUGUGGUUGCUGAUGGUCCUAAGAAUUCAAUCUUAGCUCCUAUCAAUAUUAUCGCAGCAUCCAGUGAUUCAGAAUUUUCCGUGUGCCUUCUGGCGAGUCGCAGUUGUUGCUUGUGGUUACUCAGCACUUGAAUUUGAAUCGAUGCAGAUCAAGCAAAAGCAUGAAAGAGAAAGAAAAAAAAAAUCCAGAGCUGUAAAUUUUAUUUUGCUUUCUUUGUAGUCAAUUUCAGGCUGUAAUAAAAUUUUAAAUAUGAUCCUGUCAAACUUUUUCCAUUCUCGGAAAGUAUUUAUAGACCACAUAAAAAGAGCAUAUAGUGUAGGUGCAUAACAAAAGAAAUGGGUCAAGAAAGAUAAAACUACUGCUCCCCCUGAUACCUGGAGCAUUUAUAUCAUUGUUUUUUAUAUAUUAUAUAACUUUUUAAUAUGAUAAAAGGGUGAAGAAAAACAAUGCUAUAAUCCAGGUAGCAUUUACUUUAGAUAAGUUAUUAAUAAUAAUUUUGGAUGAAAAAUUUUUUUUACAUGCCUAAUGCCAUUUAUUCUCCACAUCACUGCACACAGUUUGUAAAAUCGAUAUAUAUAUAUAUUUGUUAGAAAUGGGAAAAACAGUUGAAUGUGUUUAUUUAUAAAAUUGACAAAUGUUUCAGGUCAGUGGAUUUUUAGAUUUAUUUCAUUACAUUUAUUACAUUAUUUCUGUAAUGAUAUUUCAGCAAAAGCACUAAAUUUCAGUAUUUUGCUAGUUACAUAGAAUUGGGACCCUUAAUCUUAGAAUUGAUCGAUUGUUAUUGAAUAGCUGUUAUAAAAAGAUUUGUACUGGUUUAAGAAGAGAUUGAUUGUUAUUAAGAAUAAAGGAUGGAAUGAUAUCAAAAUCGCGAAAUAAAAAUUAUACCCGUCUUCCAGUUGCAGCUUUUUCAUCCGCAAGAUGUGUAAUGGAUUUCAAAUUGUCGUGCCAAUUAAAUGUUUAUCAUGUGAACAUGAUAUGACUGUAUUGUAUGCUUCCUUAUCUUCAUACUGGAAAAUUUAUAGGAACCACAAACAUUUGAGUGUGGAUUUCAUCAAAACAAAUUCUGCUAUAUAGCUGGUAAAAGGACAAAAAGAAAAAAAUCUAAAACAUCAAUAAAAGGAUAUUUAUUCCAAAUUUGUUUAUUAGUAAAAGAAUGUCGUGCAGAAUAAACACUUUUUUCGGGAAAGAAAGAAAGAAUUAUACCAGAAUAUACUCAAGUUUGAAGUAAGGAAUAUUUAUUAAAAAAAUUUCUCCAAAUCAAAUUUAAUGUAUAAAUUUCAUCAUAUAGGUUUAUUACAUACAGUUUUCAAAUCCAAAUAGAUAUUCAAAUUGCGGAAAUUUUGAAUCAACCACUUGCGGUGUAAAUCGAGGGUUGAAUGUAGUUGCAUUUGCACUGUUAUGAAAUUAACUAAUAACAUCGAGAUUGUUUUAAAAGCCAUAUAUAUUCUUUAUGAUAACUGCCAAAUGUCAUGCUCAAAUAGCUAUUCAUGUGUAACAAGAAUCUUCUUUUUACUUGAACGAGCAUGUGAUACAGAUAUUGGAGAUAUUUUUUCACUUCACUUUUCGUAUUGCUCAUCGUUUAUAACAUUAUUAUUUUCAAUACUUAUUUUCUUUUAUUUUAGCCGCCAUCGGGACUACUUAACGAUGUAUUCAUUUUUGUCAGUGCCAUGCGGAAACAAUUUUACACUUUUUGUGUUUGCAUUUGUCUUGUGUUAUUGCUUUUAUUAUUAUUGAAUUAUACUAUUGUUUGUAAGAAAAGAUAAUAAAUUUUAUUAUAAAAUUA